UGUGUGUGUGUGUGUGAGCAUUGGGUAGCUGCAGCAGCGGCAGAGCAGCUCUGUGUUUCGCAGCAGAGAGGAGGACUCAGAGGAUCUUUUUGUGGACUCCAGGAAACAAGCAGGUGAAGGUGACUACACAGCGUGCUGUGCUGUUUUUCCCCUCUCAGUGCUGCAGUCCAGGUCGGACAGGUGCACAUGGGUGGAUGUUUGCGCGGCCAUGGCUCUUAUCAAACGGAAUUGUAUUCUACUGUUCUCAGCUGGAGGAUAAUCAAAGAGUCUGCAUCCGCCUGCUGCCAGGCCUCAAAAACACACACACUUCUCACACUUAGAUUGUUUGUGCACAACAAAUUGAGUACAGUCGAAGCUGUGCUUGGACCCAAGCCUGUGUGUUAAACAUGGGAGACCAGCGAUCAGUUCAGCCCAUCCUGCUCCUGCUGCCGCUCCUACUGCUCCUCGCCAGGCUGUCACAGCUGUGGGCCUUCCCCUUCAGCCCAUCUCUGGACUUGGAUGUCACUCCCAGGACAACUGUCUUCUCCAAAGGUCUGCUGGGCAGCGCCCGCUUCACCGGCUCUUCCCAGAACUACAGCACCCUCCUGCUGGAGGAGGAGGCCGGGCUGCUCUACGUGGGAGGCAGAGGAGCUCUGCACGCACUCAACACCUCCAACAUCUCCACACCUGCAAACCUCACAAUUGAUUGGGAUGCUUCCCCUGAGCAGAAGAAGCAGUGUCUAAACAAAGGCAGAGACAAUCAGACAGAGUGUUACAAUCACAUCCGCUUUCUGCAGAGAUACAACGAGACUCACCUGUACGUCUGUGGAACAAACGCCUUCAGACCUCUCUGCGCUUACAUAGAUGCGGAGAGGUUCAGCUUCUCUUCAGGCUUUGAGGAGGGCAGAGACAGGUGUCCCUAUGACCCAGCUAAGGGAUACACUGGCCUCCUUGUCGAUGGCGAGAUGUUCACAGCCUCUCAGUACGAGUUUCGCAGCUCUCCAGACGUGCGCAGAAACUUCCCCUUCCCCACGCUCAGGACAGAGGAGGCCCCCACCCGGUGGCUUCUGGAGGCAGAUUUUGUGGGCUCUGUGCUGCUGAAGGAGAGCGUCAACAGCUCUAUUGGUGACGACGACAAGAUUUACUUCUUCUUCACGGAGAGAAGCCAGGAGCAGAUUGCGUACCCGAGCCAGACCAAGGUGUCCAGGGUUGCCCGAGUCUGCAAGACUGACUGGGGUGGCCAGAGGACCCUGCAGAGGAAGUGGACCACCUUCCUCAAGGCCAGAAUGGUGUGUUCGGUCCCAGAGUAUGAGCUGCACCUUAAUAUCCUGCGCAGUGUGUUUGUCCUGCACGGUCGGGACGCUCAAAGCAGCAUUUUAUAUGGCAUCUUCGGCCUGGAAUGGAAGAAUAUCAAAGCUUCUGCUAUCUGCCAGUACGCCUUCUCGGAUGUACAGAAAGUUUUCGAGGGGCCGUACAUGGAGGUGCAGGACUCAAAGUGGAGGGAGUACACGGGGAAGGUUCCAGAGCCACGACCUGGAUCUUGUAUAACAGAUAUGCACAGGUCCCAGGGCAUCAACUCAUCUCGUGACCUCCCAGACAACGUCCUCACUUUUGCCAGAAGGCACCCACUGAUGGCCAACCAGGUGCACCCGAUAGGGGUGCGCCCUCUCUUGUUCAAGAGGAGUGUCAACUAUGUCAAGAUUGCUGUGCACAGGGAGCCAGCACUGGAUGGAAAUAUUUAUACCAUCUUGUUUUUGGGAACCGAUGAUGGGUGGUUGCACAGAGCUGUAGACAUUGAUGGAGAAACGCAUAUCAUAGAAGAGCUGCAAGUGUUCGAUAAACCACAGCCCAUAGAGAGCAUGGUCAUAUCCUCGGUUCUGCGGAGCAUUUAUGUCGGCUCCCACUCCGGAGUCGUGCAGGUACCGAUGUCGGCCUGUCAGAGAUACACUUCCUGUUACGACUGCGUAUUCGCCAGAGAUCCGUUCUGCGGCUGGGACGGGAGGGUGUGCGUAGAGAUAUCUACACGUGCACAGAGGUCAAACCUAACCCAGGACAUCCUGGGAGGGGUCAGAGGCUGCAGGGAGAAUUCAGGAAAUGUGGUCCAUCGGAGGCGUUCUGUGAUGUCGGGUGACGAUGUGCUACUACAGUGUGAGCUACGCUCCAACCUGGCAACUCCACGCUGGACUCUAAACGGCAAAGAACUCCAGGGAUAUGACCUCAAUUCGGGCUACCGCAUCGGCACAGAUGGCCUCCUCAUAAUCGGAGCCCGCGCCCAACAGAGCGGGUCUUAUCGCUGCUUUGCUGUAGAGAACUCCGUUUCAGUGUUGGUUUAUCUUUACACAGUCAGGGUGCACACAGACCCGUACUUCCCCGUGGAGCCCACAGCCACGACUAACCCCACAACAGUUUCCAGCCCGACUGUUUUCUCCACCAGCAGCCCCACCGAGCAACCUCUGCCCUCACCUCCCGCCCCGCUGCCUCCUGGACCUGAGUUCCAGACCUACAGACACAUGGAGGCCGUGUACAUCUCUCUGGUGGCGGUCCUCGGGGGGCUUUGCUUGGUCUUGACUGUGGUGCUGCUUUACGUGAGCUUCUGCACCAGACAGGCCUCUCGGGACCGAAAGUUCUCUCAGCAAGGGCUACAGGUCCUGGGGGCCUCUGAGAGAAAAAGGAGCUCCCAUUUUGAACUUAAAACUAUCUCCAGCCACUGCAACGGCCGCCAGGGUCGUCGGUCCUUCUCUGUGCCAACCUUCGGUGACUUGGGCGACAGUUUCCUCCAGAUAGUUCCAGGCGAGGGCCAGAUGUCUCCAACAAAAACGCCUCCUCCAGCCCCUCCUCUUCCUAUGCCACCUCCACUUCCCAACAUGGACUACGCCAACGGGCUGUCAGCCACUCUGCCCAGCGUGCUGAGGAAGAUGAACGGGAACAGCUACGUGCUGCUGAGGCAGGCCGACCCCGAUGGCAUGUCGCCUCUCUACCACUCCUUCACAGAGGAGCUCAACAGGAUCCUGGAGAAGAGGAAACACACACAGCUGGACCUGCAGCCUGAUGAGAGCUCCAUCUAGGACGCCCCUCUCAGUCUUUGUCCCACAGUUAUUUAUUUUUACCCCAACUGUGACCCGUAGUUGUCGGGAGAACUGACUGUAUCAAACGCUGCUGUUAUUUACCCAGUGUCAGAGUACCUGCAGGUUGUGUCCUAACCUGAUCUGAAAUGUGCAGCCUCCUGUGUCUCCCGUGACAAAUGGCCCAUGAUUUCACUUCAACAAUGGACGACACUAACCAGAGAUUGCUAUUCAAAAAAGCGAAGCUGUGAAAAAUUUGGCCAAAGGCUGCACUGUUGCAUAAGAAAUAACCAUGAGUAGGGAGCUUAAUGAUGCUACCUCAGUGUAGACUCUCUGGAGGCUUGUGAAAGAUGGUAGCCAGGUGACACAAAAGGCAAAAGUGCAAAAUGGGGCAUGGGAUUAAAAAAAUACAAAUAAUAAGGCCAGGAGACGAUCAUGUGAUCAUGACACUGCGGAAGUGUUCAGGAAGUUUAUAGUGCCAUGUAUUGUUAUCCCUCUGUGGAGCUUGAAGUGAUACUCCACCCAAAAAUCUACAACUAAGCAUCAGGCAUUGAAAACAUGCCAUACCUUCCACAUUAUGUGCCUGGCCCUGUGUGUCCAUGAGUUUGCUGUGGCUUCCUGGUCUGAGGGGAGAACAGGUUUUACUCAUUUAUAGUUACAGGACUAAACCCUGUAUCACCUACACAACUUCCCUCUAGUCUAAAGGUCAUGAUAGUUUGAUUUGGCUGGCUUCUCUCAGGCGGAUCAGGGUUUUUUUCAUAGAGGCAAAAGGGAUGGAUGGCCUCCAGGUGUGUUGCAUUAAUGGCUAAUGAGGUAUACCCUCCACCCCCACCCCUUCCAA